UAGCUCUCUCACUGAUAAUCAGCAAGAACAACAACACCAAAGACAGAGGAACUAAUGGUGAAACAAAAUGGGCAACGCAUCAAAUGAUUGCAUGGGUAUGGAUAACCUUUUGAAAAGAUAUUAUCUUCCAGCGAUGUAUGGUAUUGAAUUCAUUUUGGGAAUUGUUGGCUGUGUAACUGCUAUCUGCAGCUACAUUUUCUGUUUAAAAGAAUGGAAAAGUGGCAAUGUCUACCUAUUCAACUUGUCUGUAUCAGAUUUAAUGUUCAUAUGCACUCUGCCUAGUUUGAUUACCACCUAUGCUCAAGAACAAACACAUCAAAAUGAUUUCUGGUGUUUCAGCAAUAGAUACAUUCUUCACUUAGAUCUUUACUCAAGCAUCUUAUUCCUCACCUGGGUCAGCAUUGACAGAUAUCUACUUCUUAAGUAUCCAUUGCGACAGCAUGUUUUACAGAAGACAAGCUCUGCAGUUGUAAUAUCUGCCUUGAUUUGGAUUGUGGUUACAUUUCAGAUUAUGCCAAUCUUAACUUUCCUUGUUGACAGUAAUAAUUCUUCAAACAAAACUACAUGCAAGGACUUUGCAAGUUCUGGAAAUGCCAACCAUAGCCUGAUUUACAGCCUUUGCCUCACGUUUACAGGAUUCAUAGUUCCCCUAACAGUCCUGUGCUUUUUCUAUAUGAAGAUUGUCAAGUUUCUGAAAAGCAUGGACCGCAAUUUUCAGAACAAUGACUCAUUUAAGCGGCCUGUGACACUGGUUUUCUCAAUUGUCAUUGUUUUCAUAGUGCUUCAAACGCCAUAUCAUAUCAUGAGGAAUGUCCGCAUUGCAUCCAGAGUAAACUUAGCAAAGUAUUCCCGAUGUGAUCGGAUUAUAAUUAAUAGUCUGUACAUUGUAACAAGACCUCUUGCAUUUUUUCAAAGUGUUAUUAACCCCCUUUUUUACUUUUUGAUGGGUGAUCGAUUAAGAGAAUCACUUUUCAGUAAAGUAAGAGCAAUGUUUACAAGGAUCCAAGAAAAACAGAGUCAGAUGUAGGCAUAUAUUGAUGGCCAUGAUCUUCUAAACAUAUGCUUUGUUGAAGAAUUAAUUAUAAAAUUGAGUGUCAUCAAAAAGCUGUUAAAAAAAGCUUUAUUUUUGCUUUAUGACACUGUGCAAUAAAUAAGAAAUCUCUAUUUUUAUUUUCUUUCUUUCUUCAGAACUAUACCCAUUUCUUCUAUUAUAGAAGAUGGAAAUGUCCUUCAUCUCAGUAAUGUCUUUUGAGUUAACUUCCAACUCUGAUUAGUCAAGUCUGUGAGUAUGCCCUUGUUAGCCUCUUAUGCAGGACUGGUACAUGCUUCAUGCCCAGUGUUGCAGGAAUAUUCUUUAAUUUAUCCAGAACCUUGAACUAGAAAGAGUGGUUAAAGAAUGUGGACUCAGGGAUAGGCUGAUGCAUUUACACUUCAUUAGUAAAAGGUGCUUAGAAAAAUAAGAUAAUAUAGAAAUAAUUAAAGUGGAAUUAUGGCACAGUGUUUAGUCCUACUUUUCAAAUUUCAGUUCGGACACUGUCUGCAGAAUGUUGAGUACACUCAUUCUCACUAUGUCUGUAAGGGUUUUCCACUGCAUACUCUAGUUUCCCUCUCACAUCCAAAAUACAUGUAUGUUGGGCUAAUUGGCACUCUAACUUGGAAGUAAGUGUGGACAUGUGUGAGAGAGUCCUGUGACAGACUCACACCCCAUCCAGAAUCUCCAUCUUGUGCCCAGGGCUGCCAGGAUAGGAUCUGGCUUGCCAUGACUCUGAAAUGGAUAAGCAGAUUAGAAAACUAUUGAUAAUUAAUAGAUGGGUGGAUGGAAGGAUGAAAGGAUAGAUUUAAACAAGUUUAUAUCGUGAAUGCAAGGUAAAAAAACAAGUGGCCAACAAUUGCUUCUGUGCAUACCUCGUAUGUUCUUCAGAUAAUUAUUUUCAGUUUUCAGUCAGACAGUAACCAUUGUUUUAUUGUUUAUUAUAUGAUCAAUAUAAGCAUUUGUAAAACAUAAGAAUAUGUCUGUGUGUUUAUGGUAUGCAACGUGAUUAAAAAAACUUUACAUUGCUAAAUGCUGAUGAUUUCUGGUG